AUGUUGGCAUUCGUCGCGGUGUACGUCCACCACACGGAAGUCCUCGCCCUUGUGGACACCGGCUCCGAAGCGACGCUCAUCUCUCCAUUCAUCGUUAACCUCCUCAAUUUGCCGGUCAACCGAGAGUAUCGAGGCCUCGCGACGCACCAUACUUCGUCUGUCUCGCCGGCUGCUGCACCUGGCGCCUCCUCUGAUUCCUCUUCGAUUUCAGAUUCCUCUUGCGAGUCUUCAAAUUUUCUUCCUACGUCGACUCCGUCUCGUGCGCACGCACCGCCUUCCCGUGCUCCAGCAGACAGACCUGCGUCUCACCUGCCAAGCAAUGAAAGUGAGGAAAGAAGUGAGCCCGCGAGCAAUACGGCUGUUCUCUUGUACCGAGAGAAGAAAGGAACAGAAGGAUGUUCGAACCCGACGGUAGAGACGGGGCCAGGCGAGCGGAUGAUCGAGCAGGCGGAAGCCGUGUCCGAACCUCCUCGGUCUCCGGUGUCUGUACACGGCGUGGGGUCUAAGAUCCUCGGCCGAGUGGAAAACCUCCAAGUCACGCUUCCUGUUUUCUCACUUGAGAGAGAAACGGUCGAGAAGAGUGCCUCUGAGGCCACGACAGAGCGUCUCACCAGGGACAAAGGAGAGAAACCGGGGCAUGCAGCGGGUAGAAGCGCCGUCGAAACUCAAAGGAAAUCAAGAGGAGGCGAAGCGCACGAUCAAGCUUCGACGAGAAAGGGCGAGCGUCUCGCCUCUCGAACUGCCUGCUUGCUGCCAAUCCUAUGUGACGCCAUCGUUCUGGAGGACGCUCCACAGGCUUCCCCGUCGUCUCCGCCUCGUGCGUCGCUUUCCUUCUCUACCUCUUCUUCUAUUUCAGUUUCUUCACAGUUCUCUUUUGUGUUAGGUUUGGACGCUUUGGUGGCUCUCGACGCAGUCGUCGACUUCCCCCGAAGGAGGCUGUUGCUUGGAAACGGACGCUUCGCAGCUGAGCUGUUCCUCGGUCCCCCCUCGGCGCUUGGCACCUACAUGCGGGAAACGACAGCUCCGGCCAGGGCUGGCGCACAGAGCCGCGUCUGCCCGUGCGACGAAAGCCACACCACUAGGCAGAACGCGAAAGAAGAACGUCCCCGGUCGACGUAG